CGUUACUGAAGGUGAACUGAGUGGAAGAAGAAUUGUCGACAUUCGUCAUUUGUUUAACUGCAUACAAGCUACAGAACAUAUACCUGCAUUUGGCUGUACUUUUAAGGAAAUGGAGCUGUUAUCAGAACGUAGAAAUGGGUUUUACUCGACGUGGAUAUUUAAAUGUAGAAUGUGUUCCACCACUUCAAAUAUAACUUCGGAAGCUCUGCAUGAAGAAGACACCAUUCAUGUUAACAAAGCAGCUAUUCACGGCAUUAUUGCUAUUGGAGGUGGAUACACACACCUUGCAGAAUUUUCGGCUGCACUUAAUAUGCCAUGCAUGGCAAGUAGCACAUUCUCUAAACAUCAAAGUGAAGUUUCAGAAGGUAUUACUAAUGCAGCGAAGCAGUGUAUGAAAGAAGCUGGUCAGAAAGAAAAAGAACUGGCUUUUCAACAAGGAAGAGUCGACAGCGAUGGUAUACCUAAGUGUACAGUGGUUGCGGAUUGCCAGUGGGGAAAGAGAUCAUAUGGAAAGGGAUAUCAGUCUCUUUCAGGAGGGGCUACAAUUAUAGGAUUUAACACCAAAGAGGUGUUAUUUAGUGCUUCACGUCACAAAUUUUGUGUUGUGUGUACAAAGGCCAAGAACAGAAACCAAGAACCGCCAAAACAUGACUGUUUCAAAAACUGGAACAAGGCAUCAAGCGCCAUGGAAGCAGACAUUAUUGCUGAAGGGUUCAUGCAAAGUGUAGAAAUGCAUGGCUUGAAAUAUGAUAAAUUAAUAGGUAAUAUAAUAACUCAAAAUGUAUUUUAAAAUAUGUAAAAACCUCAGUGCCAACUGUUAUUGUCAAUUAUAAUUACGUUUACAGGUGAUGGGGAUAGCAGUGUUCACAGAAGGUUACUGGAUUUAAUGCCUUAUGGACCUAACUGCCCAGUAGAGAAAGUCGAAUGCAGGAAUCACCUCUUGCGGAACUACUGUACUAAGUUGAACGCAAUUACAAAGAACACAACAUACCCACCAGGACUUCGUAAAGAACUGAAUGCCAGGAUAGUUCGUUUGCGAAUCGCUGUAACAAAAGCAAUCGCAUAUCGUAAAAGCCAAGAUGUAGAGUAUACUCAGAAGUUGAAUGGUCUGAAGAAUGACAUCGAAAAUGGACCUUACCACAUUUUUGGUGAACACAGUAACUGCGGGGUCAAUAGUUAUUUUUGUAAACAUUCUGAGUUGCAUAUUGGGGAAGAAAACUGUGUACCAGCUCUUAAAGAGAGUGGCAUGUUGAUGGACAUAAAUUUAGCAGUUAAGAGACUGAUUACACAUGCAGAUAGUUUACUACAUGAUGUGGAUAAUAAUGUUUGUGAACAAUUUAACAGUGUGGUUAAUAAGUACAUAAGUGGUAAACGUGUUUGCUAUUCAAUGAGGGGUUCAUAUAAGACAAGGUGUGAAGCUGCUGUGGUGAGUUUCAAUUCUAAGAAAUACCUUCGUACUGUUCACAAAGCAUUAACAGACGACAAAAGUCCAGGUAAGUACAUAUAUAAUAUUCAUACUGCAAUUAUUUUUAAUGAUGUUUAUAUAAAUUGCUAUAUAAAACAUUUUUUUACAGGUGUGUACACAAAUAAAUUUUUGUCAGGUAACAGUAAAAAAGCUGAAAGAACAGCUAAGCGCAAACUGGACAUGAGUAACGAGGCUCCAAGAAAGAAGAGACAUGUUGAUGAGCCAGAUGAACACUAUGGGCUGGCAGAAGUUCUGGAGGAAAUUGUGACUGAUGAAGAAAUGACAUUAAGAAAAAAAAAAUUCACGAAUUCUUUGGUGCUCAGUGAACAUGAUCGCUUAGAGCUUGAAAAGAACACAAGGGACCAAUCACAAUCGCAGCUAUGGCGAAACGAAAGACGAAAACGGCUUACUGCAUCAAAUUUUGGCUCUGUAUGUUUAAUGCGCGAUACAACAUCAUGCAGAUCUAAUGUUUUCAACAUAUUAUAUAGUCGCAUCAAUACAGUCCCAAUGCAGCAUGGCAAAAAAAAUGAAAAAGUUGCAAAAACAAAGUUAUUUCUGAAAGGUAUUUCAGUACAAGAUUGUGGCAUGUUUGUGGACAAAAACAUUCCCUACUUAGCGGCAAGUCCAGAUGGCGUUGUUGAUGAUUCGACUAUUGUAGAGAUAAAGUGUCCUAUUUCUGCAGAAAGCAGUUUAUCUCCAGAAGAUGCAAUAAAAAAUGGCAAGAUAAAAUAUCUGAAAAUACAAAAUGAUGAAGUAGUGCUGAAAGAAAACAGUCACUAUUACUAUCAAGUACAAGGCCAACUACAUAUCACUGGAAGAAAGAAGUGCAUAUUCUCCGUCUAUACUUCCAAUUGGAUGACACUUAUACCAGUGUACAAGGACGAUGCAUUCUGGUUAAGUAAAAUGGAAGUGAAGCUUAAAAGCGGUGCCGAAAUACAAAUCCCCCCUCAGGCCUACUUCUGCAUUCGGAACUUGUAUUAA